AUGUCCGAUAUAACUUUCGAUCAUGCACAAUUUCCCCAGUCUAUGCCUCUUGAUCCAACAACCAGCCUUGGUCCCGACUCUACGUAUGAGUUUGAGUUCCUCUGGAACAACAGCAGUGACAUGACUGAUUUUUUACCCACAACGUUCUUUGACACAGAUUACUCGUUGUCUGAAAUCUGGCAAACUGAUAAUAUCAGACUCAAUGGCUCUGGCUCUGGCUCUGGCUCCGGCUCUACGGUGCCCGUUCCUCAAUUUGAACAAGGCGGAAGAGACCAAUCCCCCAGCAACGAGGCUAACUCCGUGCCCUUCGUGCCACUUUCAUCUCGGCUGCCACCUUUAGAGCCGGACUCUUUGUCAUCACGCAAUGAGAGACUACCUCACAAUGAGUUAGAGUCUACUGCAGGCCUUGACUCGUCUCUGGACACUCAGACUGGCUUGCCGUGGAACAUUUGCUUGCCUAAAUAUGAUCGAAUAUCAGCUGCUAUUCGAUCGUAUGAUCAAGUGUUGUCCAAGGGAUUUUUCAUCCCAUCUAGACAUACUGUUUCCCGAUAUAUUGAGGGAUACUUUAAAGGAUUCCACGAACAUUUUCCGUUCCUACAUCCUUCAACUCUAAAAGUCGAGACGUUAGCACCGGAGCUAAUUCUUGCAAUGAUGGCAAUGGGCGCAUUUUGUCGGUUAGAGAAAGGGAAGGGAUAUGAGCUUUAUUUGGCAUCAAGGGCCAUCAUUAUGCAUCAGCUUGAACAGUGUACUCGGGUAUCACUCGCGGGCAUUGCAAAAGGUUCAUCAAAUGGCGCGAGCAGUAGAAUUUCUGGAUAUACCCCCAACAAUAUUGACGACCGAGAGAGCCAUGCCUCCACCUUGUCCCACUCGCCGGUCUCUAUUCCUCCACCUCAACUACAAUUAUUACAAUCGCUCAUCAUUUUGAUUGCAAUGGCGACAUGGGCAGACAUUCCUGCAGCCCAAGAUGCUCUAGCAAUGGGAAGCCAGUUAGCGAUGCUUACCCGAGCAGCUGGCUUGCAUGUGCGAGAUGAAAUCGUUGAAAAAUGUGCUUGGUUAGAAUGGACACGUCGGGAAGAACAUCGACGAACUUUGUUCGUGGCGUAUAUUGUUCUUAACCUGACUAGUAUCGCAUUCGAUGUAUCUCCUUUGAUCAUGAAUCAUGAAAUUCGACUGUCGCUACCUCAUUGUAAUGUGGAAUGGGUGAACACAUCUGCAGCUGAAUGGCAGCACACGAGGGAAAUGUAUGGCCACACCGAGUGCCAGUUUCACUCGACUCUCGCGGAGAUGAUUGCCGGACGUAAUGUUCAUCAUAAGGAGCCCCUUUCUGCCCUUGGAAAUUAUGCUCUGAUAAACGCCUUGAUUCAAAACAUAUAUUUUGAACGACAGACCGCGGCCAGCCAUACGAUCCGUCUCGAUACCGUGAAAAAAUUCGAAUCUGCUCUCCAGAUAUGGCAAAGAUCUUGGGAGGCGACACAAGAAACUUCACUCGAUCCUUCCUCUCCAAAUGGGCCUCUCGGAUUUAACUCAGCAGCCUUGCUCAGACUCGCGUAUCUCCGUCUUAACGCUAACCUUGGUCCCUGCCGCAACCUAUUAUCACAGGAUCCGAAAUCCAUCGCUCUGCUUUUCACGGACGAUUCAACUCCACUGUUCACACGCUCCUUGCACGUUGACCGGGCUAUUCUUCAAUGUAUUCACGCCCUAAGUAUUCCAAUUCGGAUUGGCAUUGCAUUUGUCGCUUGCACACAAUCCGUAAAUGGGAGUAUUCAACACCCCCUCUGUACACUGGAAUGUGCACUUUUACUCAGUCGGUGGCUAAACAUGGUCUCGGAUGCGGUACAGGCGUGGGGUUUGGAUUCUCUGCGGGAAGAUGAGAGAAAGUUGCUCGGAAUGAUUGCUAGUCUCAUCAGAGAAACAGAUAUGGCGGAUACGCUGGAAGGAAAGGAGACCGAUAGUUAUUGUAUUCGUCGGAUGGCAGCAACGGUAGUGAGGCUAUGGGCUGAGACAUUCAAAGGUGUCCACAUAUUCGAAAUUGUUCGUGUUAUUGGCGAGACACUAUCAAUCGUGGCAGAGCUCCUUGAGAAAAGACUUGAAUAA